AUGGUGGGUGAUGGACAAAAGGCCGAGACCACAUUUGCCUGGUCCCAUCAUCCAGUCACAGGAGAGGACGAGUUUUUAGCGCCUUAUCUCAGAAAUGUCAUCAUUAAUGAAGGUACUUACGGUGUCUCGCAUACUAGGAUGCCUACAGAGUCGAGACCUGGCCAUGUUGCUAUGAUCGCCGGCUUUUAUGAGGAUGUCAGUGCUGUCACGAAAGGUUGGAAAGAAAACCCCGUUGAUUUCGACUCCUUCUUCAAUCAGUCUACUCACACUUAUUCCUUUGGAUCUCCGGAUAUCCUUCCCAUGUUCGCCAAAGGCGCAUCCAGCGUAGACAAAGUGGAUACAUGGAUGUACGGCCCAGAAUUUGAAGACUUCACUCAUUCGUCAAUUGAUGUGGACAAGUAUGUUUUCGACCAUUUGGAUUCUUUAUUCGCCAAUUCGACCCGAGAGCCAGCUUUAGAUACUCAGAUCAGGCAACCAGGUAACGUCUUUUUUCUUCAUUUAUUAGGAACAGAUACCGCUGGCCAUAGUUAUAAACCAUAUUCCGCCGAAUAUUACGAUAACGUUAAGUAUACUGACUCGGAAAUCGAAAAGUUGGUUCAGAAAGUCAACAAAUUCUUUGGAGAUCAAGAUACCGCCUUUGUCUUUACUGCUGACCAUGGAAUGAGUGAUUUCGGCUCCCACGGUGACGGUCAUCCUAACAAUACCCGUACUCCAUUCAUUUGCUGGGGUGCUGGAUGCAAAAAACCCGUUCGUAUUGAUGCCAAAGAGAACGAGUACUUGAAAGAUUCAUAUGAAGCAGAGCAGAUGAAUGCAUGGCACUUGGAUAAUGUAAAGAGACACGACAUUAAGCAGGCAGAUAUCACUUCUUUGAUGAGCUAUUUGAUCGGAGCAAACUACCCAGCCAACUCGGUUGGUAAGUUGCCCAUCGAUUACAUUGAUGCAUCAGAAGAUGACAAGAUCCAUGGCUUGUAUUUGAAUGCUCUAAGUAUUCUAGAACAAUAUCAUGUGAAAUUGGCCGAGGUUUCAUCCAAUCAGGUUGAUUUUAAGCCAUUUCCAACAUUUGAGAAGAAAUCCAUUGAGGCUUACCAAUCCGAAAUCGAGUCUCUUUUGAAAAAGGUGAAACAUAAUGAUGAAUAUGAGAAGGAGACUGUUGGUGCCAUUCAUGAUUUUAUCCAUGCCAUUCUUGAUGGACUAGACUACCUUCAAAAGUACAACUGGAUGAUGAUGAGAACUAUAGUCACUCUAGGCUUUCUUGGCUGGAUCGUUUACUCGUAUACAAUGUUCCUUGAGAUGUACGUGCUUAAUGCCAGAAAAGACACUUCGGAAGGUUACCAUCCAAUUGUCCAUGCCGCUUCGCUCGCCAUCUAUUGUGCUAUUGCGUCUGUAUUUGCUUACCAGAAGUCGUCUCUAAACAACUAUCUUUAUGCCGUUUUCCCUGUCUUCUUUUGGGACCAAAUCAUCUCCAAGAAGAAUCAUCUGAUCAAGGGUACUACUGUGUUUUUUGAGGGUGUGAGUAGACUGUCUAUGAUACUGAUUAUUGUCUCAAUCUUCUGUUUUUUCGAAGCAAUCGCCUACGGUUUCUCUAACAGAAGAAUCUUCACUGUAAUGUUCCUUCUUCUUUCCGUGUAUCCGGCUAUCUUGGAUGGCAAAACACAUAGAAUCAGUGCCAAAAAGCAUGCAUUUUGGUUUGUUUUGUGCGUGGCACUCUCAUAUUUUCCGUCACAGAAUCCUAUCAAGACAGAAAACUUGCCUCUUAUCAUUGGUUCCGGCAUCCUUAUGAUUGUCGUUGGCUUUCUUGGAUUUGCAGAUGCACCUACUUCAAUGAGUAGAUACACAAAAAGUGUGAUACUCUUACAACUUGCUCUUGUGGCUUCUUCUAUCUAUUCUACAAGCAUUGCUAUUAUCUCGUUACAGAAUAAGGAGGGACUUCCUAAGGUGGCCCAGUAUUUCAAUUGGUUCAACCUCGUUGUAUCCCUAAUUGUUCCAUACCCAUUGCACCACUUAAAGCCUAACCACAACUCCGAAGUGCGCUAUCUAAUUAUCUACCUCACCUUUGCCCCAACAUUCUUAAUCCUUACGAUCUCAUUUGAGGCGUUGUUCUAUGUUCUCUUUGCAGUGAUGCUCCAUGAAUGGAUCAAUAUAGAGAGCAAGCUAACAGACACCAAGGAAUCAUCGUCGAAAUGGCUACAGCUUCUUAGAGUCUCGAUCAUCGGGUUCUUUGGGUUGCAGAUAGCCUUUUUUGGUACGGGUAACGUGUCAUCGGUGUCGUCGUUUUCGUUGGAAUCGGUUUGCAGACUACUUCCUAUUUUCGAUCCGUUCCCAAUGGGUGCACUACUAAUGUUGAAACUUAUCAUCCCUUACGGACUACUUAGUGUCGCUCUAGGAUUGAUGAACGUCAAGCUUGAGUUGAAGAUUUUCAGUAUUUCCAGUUUGCUUAUUUCCGUUAGUGUGAUUCUCUCCCUCAACUUUUUCUUUAUGGUCAAGACAGAGGGAUCAUGGUUGGAUAUCGGACUUACUAUUUCAAACUACUGUCUAGCAAUUCUCAGUUCGCUUUUCAUGUUACUCUUAGAAGUAGUGUCCCACCUACUAUUGGACGAUGUCACCAUCGCCACCACCACUACCACCACGCAAAUUGAAAAACAGAAAAUGGUGCGAACUUAG